GGAGAAAACCUACCCGAUAAGAGGAGACACGCUGCUCUUAAAGUGUCGGAGCAGCCGCGUAACUGUGACGCUGCUUCACACCUCCGGGUCCUCAUUGGUGAGAGGCUCCUCCUGCAGCUCAGCACCGCCUACAGGAGGUUGAAGCUCCGCUGCUUAUUGGACAAAAGUCCUUUGAAAAGGUCCGCCAAAAUGAGAGCGGGUCCCCCGCUACUAGAGCCUCAUUUCUGGUUGGUCGGGCACGAACCGUCCCGCACAUUGGCGGAUAUAUAAACCAGGUUUUCAUCGAGCAGAUUACAUUUUCUUUGAGGUCUAACUCUCGGAAAGAAGCUAAAAAUGAGCGGUAGAGGCAAAACCGGAGGCAAGGCCCGCGCCAAGGCAAAGACCCGCUCUUCCAGAGCCGGGCUCCAGUUCCCCGUUGGUCGUGUCCACAGGCAUCUGAGGAAGGGCAACUACGCCCAGCGUGUCGGUGCCGGUGCCCCCGUCUAUCUGGCGGCUGUGCUGGAGUACCUGACCGCUGAGAUCCUGGAGUUGGCUGGAAACGCUGCCAGAGACAACAAGAAGACCAGGAUCAUCCCCCGUCACCUGCAGCUGGCUGUCCGCAACGACGAGGAGCUCAACAAGCUGCUGGGUGGAGUGACCAUCGCUCAGGGUGGUGUGCUGCCCAACAUCCAGGCUGUGCUGCUGCCCAAGAAGACCGAGAAACCCGCCAAGAAGUAAAUUUGAGGCCCGGGUCUUCUACAACACAACGGCUCUUUUAAGAGCCACCCACAACUCAUAGAAGGCUCACAUCCUCAUGUCUCUAACACAUUUAUUGAUACAAUAACUGAUUGAAACAAGCAUGGUUUAUGUUGCCAGCAAUAUAUGCAUACAAAUGAUAACCAUUUACCACCUUAGUGCGAUGAUUGUGCCACACAUUACCUACUGUAUAACAAACUGGGCAGUGCAUAAGUCCAUGCUAAAGCCUGUUGAAAUUGCAUACAAACAAGCUCUGAAAAUUCUAGAUUAAAAAGCCCAACACAUACCAUCAUUGUGCCAUCUUGAAGAAAUAUGAACUCCUGAGUUGGGAAAAUAAUAAAAUAGGCAGAUUGUAUCAUGGUCUAUAAAAUCCUCAACGGACUAGCUCCACCUCCGUUAACGGAAUUUAUAUUGAAAAAACACAAAUAGGUCAACCAGAGCAGGAUCCAGAGGUGACUGUCUGGUCCCAUUUAGGAAAACUUUUUGGG